AUCCAGACAAGUUGUCUCCCCUCUAUGGGUGCUUCUUACAAUCCAAGUGAUCCCCAUUGAGUUACAUGUCGGGGCUGAUGAGGACGUGAAGAGUGCACCUGAUGUCUCAGUGGAAGAAACCGAAUCAGUGGCUGAGAUGUACUUCUGUCCAAUAUGUAACGUGCCAUUCAAAUCACAGAAACGCUUGGCAAACCAUGUCCUGUUCCACAAGGAGACACUGCAUCGUUGUGCUCUGUGUGACAUUCGCUUUACCAGCCGAGAAACACUCAAAAAUCACAUGCUAGGUAUGCAUGGCAACCAGUUUUACCAUUUCUGUUUUGAUUGUGGUAAAGCUUUCAAAUCUUACUCUGGCUUCAACGACCACAACAAGACAAACCACGGCACAGGUGCCCACAAAUGUGAUGUCUGUGGCAAAUCAUUCUCCUGUAACAGCCGUCUACUCGUCCAUAAACGCAGCCACUCAAAUGAGCGACCAUUUGUGUGCAAUAGGUGUGGGCGCCGAUACAAACAUAAAAAGCCGUAUCGGGACCAUGUAUGUCUCUACCAACAGCCCAAUGAUGCCUCAGAUCAGGACAUUUUCAUCAAAUACUGAACAUGUUCAAUUUGUCAAGUGAUUAGACGUUGUAAGGUUUUCAAGUCUGUCCCCAGAUUUUACGUCAAGGUCAUUGUUUUUAUUUAACAUUACUUAGUAGUGAAGGAUAUGACCAGUUAUGACUCAAAUUUAGAUCUUGUUUCUCCAAAUUCACAAAAGUCAUUCCAAACACAUGUUUGUGUAAUUGUCAGUUACCUGGACGUUGGAUUGGGAAAUUCAGAUGUCCCUAUUACAGCUAUGCAGGUCAACACAACAACAUUUGGUAAUUUCUGUACAAAGUUUGUCUAAAAGUCGGAAAAGGAAAAGAUUUGAGUUGAUUAAGAACUAAUUUUUUUUUUUUUUCUGUGAAAUCUAAACAAAACAUAUGUGAAAAUGUAAACAUAUAUGUAUAUAUUAUUUGUAUGAUGGGAACUAUUAAGUGAUAUAUAAAAUAUUCAUCAGAGAU